AAUAAUAAUAAAAAAAAAAAAAUGGCGAGAAGUGUUGGGAUUAUAAAACAUAAAUCCAUGAUUUCGGUUUUAUUGGCAUUGCUAAGUUUUGGUUCUAAUGUAUCUUCAGAGACCAUUCUUGGCCGAUCUUUUCCAUCCUGUGGAUAUGUUGGUGGACAAAUUUAUUGUGUUGGAGGAGAUACGAAUAGUGAUUUCAGUGGAGGUUAUAAGAUUGAUCAAAACCUUUACUCUCUUGAUGUUGCUCAAUUUCUUGGAAAAGAAAUUAAUACAUUAAAUGACCAGUGGAAAGUGAUUGUUCCUGCUACUAGUUUCUCAUUUGAAAAUCGACGAGCCCCUAUAUCUAUUGUUUUACCUGACGAAAAAAAAUUGAUGAUCGUGAGUGGCUAUCAUACGGCGUUCAAUCAGAAACUCUCAAACCAGACCAUUAUUUACGACACCGUUACAAACACUUGGGAGAAAAGUAUAUCGUAUGUUGAAGAAGGAAGAGGAACAAGACAGAUAUUCCAUUCAACAGCAGUCAAUCUUCCCGACAAUACGAUAGGUUUUUACGGUGGUCUAGAACAGGUUGCCAAUACGACCGUACCAGAAGUCUCAACUUCAGGGCAAAUAAUGAAUUAUACAUCUGACGGCCAGUCCUUUGUAGGUUUUCGUUCUAUUGUGAAGUAUUCACCCGGUUUAAAGAAUUGGUCCGGAUUUACUCCUCAGACAAAUGUGCCUGCCGAUUAUUAUCCCAAUUCUCAAUCUGCUACCAUUGAUCCUAGUACCGGCAAGGUGUAUUUUUUUGGUGGAAGUUAUUACUCUCCUUUUAGUAACGGUUCUCCCACUCGAGUUCCCUUUCAUACAGGGUAUACCUUUAACACCAAAUCUGGUGGCUGGGCUGAAGAGAAAUAUGGCGGUGAAUUUCCCACUGAGAGAAUGUUUCAUUCGACCAACUUAUUACCAAAUUCAAAUGAUAUAAUUUUAUACGGUGGAAGUAAUGAUGGUGCCAAAGCUUCAACUGAUUACUGUUAUACUUUAAGUUUAUCCAGCAACAAAUGGACCAAGCAAAACCUGAAUUUCCCCACCUCUGUAAGUGGUCCUAGGUUCUCACAUUCAGCUCUGGUGGUAAACUCUACUUUAUUUAUCUUAUUUGGUAGAGGGCCUGAGGGUAAUCUCAUCCCAUCUAUGCUUGGAAUAAAUGUAGCGAAUGCAUCAAAUGUUACUUACACUUCCAUUUACAAUGCGAAUGUACCCAAGGACAUGAAUAAUACCAAUAUCACAAGCGAUCGUCAUACGGAUGAUGUCGAUGAAGCAUUUCCAAAGAGCACGCCUGCUGAAAGUCCCACCGAAAUCGAAAGUAAUGGUUUAAGCAAAGGUGCUAUUGGGGGUAUUGCAGCUGGCUGUGUUAUCUUGGUCCUUGCUCUUAUUAUUUUUGGUAUAUUCUAUCUUCGCCGUCAAAAGAAGGCUAGACAUGAUCAGCAAAAAAAUGACAUGAUUGAUGAUGAACAGAUUCAUGUUGAUUGGGAUAAAAUUGAUCAGGAAUACCGGGAAGUAUCUGCCUCGAGCUCUCCCAAGACUUCGGAUAGGGUAAGUUCUACCAAUGCAACCAAGGUGAACGGCUCACCGUUAUUGAGCGAGACAAACCCUUUGCAAGAUGUACAAAGAAGCAAUAAUAAGAAUGUGAUUAAGAGCCCUGACGCCCCUGAGAUUAUAUCGGUGAAGCCAUCUAUGGGAAACACAUAUGUCAAGCCUGACGUCCAAAUUAGAUAAAUUGGGUUAUUUUUCAUUAUCAGAUGCAUCGAUCAUCAUAAUAAGAAUAAAAUAAAAUAAAAUCUGAAGCUGUCAAUACGUGUGAUUAUUUUAACUAAUAUCACCUAUUUAUU